ACCGCGCCGGCCGCCAACCCCCCCGCAAGCCACAAAUGCCAAGUAGUUUCUCUGCGAUCGUCAUGGAUCGCAGUUGAAUUGUGUAUUGUGUUACGGCGGCGUGUGUAUCAUCCAAAGUUUCUGUUAAUUUAUUUACUAUAUUUUUGUUUCGAUUACUUUAUGUGGAAUUAGUAAAAACUUAUUUAUUAUUAUAUUUAUAACUUUAACGACUAUGGCUGUGAACUUGUGUUUCUGUGUAAAACUGUCGCCCAACAAAAAAUCGAUUUUUGGAUUGAGAAUGGGAUACCAAAUGCUGUGUUUGGUAAUCUUCGCCGGUCUUUUGGCGUCUGCUUCAGCAGAACCCGAGGCGACGUGCACCAGUGUUAGAAGUUUUUUCCAAUCCAAAGGAGUAUUGACGGCGGCCGAUAUUCUCGAUCAACCAAACUCAGAUGCCGGCGAGCUAUGCGGCAACCGAGGGUGCUGCGCCCCCGGCUCCCGCGUGCGCCUCACGCAGCACGCGCGCUCGCAGCUGGAGUCCGCGCUGCGGGCCGAGUUGGGCAAGCUUUCCGAGAUAUUAGCUAACCGGGCGAAGAGGUUUGAUGAGUUCUUUCGGAAGCUCCUGCAGCUCUCGCGCGAGGAGUUCCACGCGAUGUUCAAGCGGACAUACGGCAUGAUCUACGAGCAGCACUCCUACGUCUUCCAGCAGCUGUUCGAGCAGUUGGAGAGAUACUACACACGCGGCGACGCCGACUUCGACGUCAUGAUGGACGGCUUCUUCAGCAUCCUGUACCAGAAGAUGUUCAUCGUCCUCAACCAGCAGUACACCUUUGAUGAGAAAUACCUGAAGUGCCUCAGCGAGCACAUGCGCGUCAUUCAGCCGUUCGAGGAUGUACCGCUGAAGCUGUCGGUGCAGCUGCGACGCGCUUUCGUGGCGACGCGCACCUUCCACAAGGCGCUCCGCUCCGGUGCUGAGGUCGUCAGGAAUAUGAUGCAGGUGGAAGUGAGCCAGGAGUGCGUGGUCGCGUGGGCGCGGCUGCGGUACUGCGGCGCGUGCGGCGGCGACACGCAGCCCGCGUGCAGCCGCUACUGCCACAACGUGCUGCGCGGCUGCCUGCCCGCGCACGCCGACCUCGCCGACCAGUGGGACGCCUAUGUCGACGCCGUAGAGAAGGUCGCGGACCGUCUCCUCGGUCCCUUCAAUAUCGCAAUGGUGGUCGAGCCCAUCGACAUCAAGAUAUCGGAAGCCAUCAUGACCUUCCAGGAGCGCAACCAGGACAUAUCGCAGAAGAUAUUCGCGGACUGCGGCAAGCCGGUGCUCGGGGGCGGAGCGCCCGCCGGCACGUUCUUCACGCCGGACCGGGCGCGGCGCUUCGCCCGGGCGAUACCGGAGUUCGACUGGAAUGAACGGCCCAGCGAGGACGACUUCGAGAUCGAAGCGUCCUUCGAGAGCCUCGUGGACGACCCGUCGCUCCUCGGCCUGCGGACGCCCGAGGGUAUUCGGAAGGCGACGGACGAGAUGGCCGCGAACGCCAAGUCUCGGGAGCGGUUCCUGCAGUACAUGCGCGGCCGCAUCGACCUGCAGCAGCUGGAGGAGCACGAGCGCAGCCGCCGCGACGCCGACGCCGCCCCCGCCGGCGCCGAACUGGACUUCAAGGCGUACGAGUUCGACGGCAAACGCGGCCCCAAGAGGAAAAAGCCGACGUCUACUAAAGUCGAUGAAAAUACACACGGUGGCGAGAGCGGCCCGGCUCUGGAGCGGCUGGUGCGGGAGACGCGGGCGCGCGUGCGGGCGUCGCGGCGCUACUGGGCGCACUUGCCCGCCGCGCUGUGCACGCCCGUCAGCGUCACCGCGCCGCCCUGCUUCAACGGCACGCACCAGGCCAGCUACACGGCGAUAGCGGCGGGCGACGGCAGCGCGGCGCUGGCGUCGAACCCCGAGGUGCGCGUCGCUAUGGUGACGGGCGCGAGCGUCGCACGCACGCAGCAGGAGACGCUGCGCACGCUCACCGCCAAACUCAAGGACGCGUACAAUGGCGUGGAAGUACAGUGGAAGGACACAGCGGAGGACCUAGCAGUGGCAGCAUCAUACAACGACUUCGUGGACAGCGCCGGCUCGGGGUCCGGCUCAGGCGACGACACCGACGACACUGACGACCUGCCGGACGACGACGAGGACAGGGACACCGGACUCGAUUACGGCGAAGGAUCCGGCGACCAUCGGCUCGAGCCGGAAGUAUCUAAGCCGGAGGAGGCGACACCGGCGCCGGCGUCCGAGACGCCGUUCGUGCCCGCGGUCGGCGGCGCGCCCAACACCAACAACGUGCAAGUCCGCGUCCGCUUCGAGCCGGAGCCGGAGCCCGAUGUGCCGGUCGUGCCGGACGUCCCGCCCGUGCCGGACAACCCCAGUGAGCAGCCGGUCGCGGCCGGAGCCACCGAGCCGAGCCUCCAAAAGGCGCUUAUGACGUACGCGCUGCCCGUCGUCUGCGCGUGGUUCGGGACGAUCGUCACUGAUUUAUUCUAAGCGACCACCCCGCCGCCGGUGUCAUAUUUAAACAGGUAACAAAGCAAAGUGAUACUUUUGAGGUGUGUAUAACAGAUAAGGGACAUCCUUAUAUAGAAUUGAAAGUAGCAGCACUGCAAUAGUUACUUUUGACUUCUACGUUUCUAUGAGAAACGGUCCAACGGAAUGAAUUUUCUAGUACAAAAAUUUGAAAAAGGAACCCGGUAUACAGUCAACUCUACAGAAGGGAUACAUACACACUAUAAAGUAUUAUAACUUUGUUUUGUGUACAUAGCGAUACAUGUUUCAUGAGAUAUGACUCGAAAUAGUUGUAGUCGCACGGAGUCAUCGCCGGGUCGGCGCGCAAGACAGUCCCGUUUCCACGUCUUGCGGCCCCGAAACGCGCGACGACUUUAAUUUAUUUCACAGUUAUAUAGGUAGCAACGACAGGACAAUAAUCGAAAGAGUAAUGUAAGAUGUUCGUCAACAUUUCCAAUUAGCGAGUAUAUGUUUGACUGAGCGGUGUAGUCGCCGGCGGCGCGGAGGGCGGGUGUAGCUAGUCAGUGCGAGUGCUAUGUGCAAUGUGAUAUGUGAACUCUCAACAAAUUUGAAUGAUACACGACCAGCCGACAAUAACAGAUGCGACACGGGACACUAUCAGCCAAAUUGUGUAUUUAUUUGUGUAAAUAAUUACUUGUAAAUUAUGAUCGAGUUAGAUAGCGAAUGAUAGUAUAGCUGCACUGUGCCUCGUGCAUAGUUCACGCUAUACGCUGAGGGCGAGGUUUUAAGGCCUCUGCCUCGAAAUCAGCGGGCAGCGGGGCGGUGGCGGAAGCGGCGUGGGAGCGGCGCGCUGCGUAUUAGACGGCUACCCGCGCCGCCGCCACCGCUCCCGCCCCGCUGCCCGCAAAAUUUGAGGCUGAGACCUAAGUUAAUGGCGACUCCGCGUUUUAUACGCGCGGACAUUGUGUUCCGCUGUGGGCAUCAAUUACGAUAUCAUUUUACUUUUAACUUUUACACUUGGAUUUUAAUUCAUUAUGAAUUGUUUUUUUCUGUAAAUAAUUCGUGGCCAUCGCCAAAUAUCAAAAAUAUUUAAAUUUGUAAAUAUAAGAAAUUAUUAGUCAUGUAUGUUAACAUAAGUUAAGACUGAUUUGCUUUUUUAUGUUCUUUCUAUUAAGUGUAAUGCAAUCAUGGGGAUGAUUGGUGAUAAUAAUUAGCGACGUAUUCGUCUCGCUUCAGAAACAUUAAAUCAAAAUCAGGCAUUUUAAACUGGACACCAUGUUUUAAAUAUCAUUAUCUUGCUUCUGUUAUUUUUCUACUUAUUUUAAGAUGUCUAUUAUUUUAAGAAUCAUCUGACUGACAUUAAUUACUUUUCACUUUAUUUCAUAUCAUUAUUCAUUACUUACAGGCGGCGAUUGCUUUUAUGUAAAUAAGCGUUUAUUAAUAUUUUGCUUAAUGUGUUAGAUAAUACAAAACAUAAUAAGUAUGUUAAAUGUUACGUAAUAUUUAAUAUUUAUAUUAUUUUAUACGAAAACCAGUGUAUGUAUAACGUAAUACGAUAAUAUUUAUAAUAACGAAGCGCACACGAAUAUUUAUUGAAAUAUAUUUAUGCUAGUGUAUACGGAAUUCAAAACAUGUUUCAUUGUCAUCUUUUAGCUCAUUUUAUUAAAAAAAUAUAUCACUACCUUUAAAAAUUUCGAAAUUCGAAUGUAACUGACGAUAUUGUGCAAGUUUGGGACCAAAAAUUAUAAAAUAUCAAGUUUUGUGCCAUUUCCUCACUUUCUCUAGUAGUGGAUAGUCAUUUCAUGAAAAUAAGAAUUUCAAAAACCUCAUGCUUCUGAUACGCAAUGAAAUUGGGAAACUGAUUGAAAAUGGAAUUGCAAAGAACUCGUAUCUUCAUCUUCGUUUAUUAAAUAUAAGUUUUAAUCACUACUUUGUGUUGUUUAGACAUAAUAUCUCUUACUUGUUAUUUGUAAAUAUAAUCAUGUAAUUUAAUAAUAAUUGUUUAAAAUAUUUUUAUGUUGGUAGGGGGCGUAGAUUUUUGUACAGUUGGUAAAACACAGGGUACCAAAUUGAUAGUGUUGCACUGCCAACAUGGUUCAUGAUACAAUAAUAUUCAUUCACAUACAUAUUAUAAUCGGAAACUUGUAUCUAUUUAUAUAUCAUAUAAACUCCAAAUGGAAUCAUGUUUUACUGAUUUAAAACAAUAAAUAUAUAAUAUUUAUUAAGAUGUGUGUGCAAUCUAUGCGUUUCUGUAGUAAAUGUAUUUUUAAUUUCAAACCUGUAUUUUGGUGUUUACUCGAAUUAUGUAUCAUGUAUGUAUUAGAACAAUUUUUAAAACAUUUUAUACUUUGAAAACAUGUGUUGUGACUUGUGUAUCAAUAAUUUGGUUGUCAUAACUUAUUAAAAAGAAAAUUUGAGCUACAAGUAACACCUACUUUAAAAAUAUUUCAUAUAGAUUUAGUUAUGCAACUCAGAACCAGUUUUCUUAGAAAUAUUUGAAUAUGCUAAUGGCUCAUCUUGGCGGGGGCACUCUCGUGCCCCCAGAUGCAUAAUAUUGAUUCCAUCAAGGAAAUCUUCAAACAUUAAUACUAAAAUGUUUUAAUACCCUUAUAUGAGGAGGUUAUUACCAUUAAUUUACAUCUAACGAAAGUGCCGUUGGUUCCGUUUUGCAUAACUAUAUCCAUGUAUGGGCAUACUUUCAAAUGUUCAUUGCACUUCUGUUUCCCAGUCGCACGCGACGUGCAAGAUGUUUAUGUAUACAGAAUGGUAGACGAAUUAAUUUUUUAUAAAAAAAAUACAUUUCUGUAGGCAAUGUGUAAAUAAAACUUUAACAUGUG